GCCCGUGUAGUGAGUCACGUGAGCAGACUGAGGGGGGCGGACCAGCAACACCAACAUGGCGGCGUCUCCUUUCAGUUUCUCAGCGGACAGGUUCUGGACAGAAGAGAAAGAGAAGACUCUGAUCGGCUUCUUCUCCAAGCACAGCUGCCUGUGGAACCACCGCUCAGAGAGCUACAAGAGCCGGAAGCUGCGCUGGAGAACCCUGGAGCAGCUGCGGGUCAUCCUGUCCACGCUGCCUCCACCCAACCCCUUCACAGUGGAAGACAUUAAGAACAAGUUCAAGAACCUCCGCACCACCUUCCGGCGCCAGUACAAACUGGUGCGGGCGAGCCAGGUGUGCCGGCUGGAGCACGUGUUCGAGCCCCAGUGGAAGCACUACGAGCAGCUGAUGUUCCUGCAGGGCUGCUGGGAGACGGACCCCCGCGUGGAGGAGCAGCCGCUGCAGACUCUCCCCCAGGAGGAGGCCCAGUCGGUCGGUUCCUCCCCGGGACUGAUCACCUCCUCCCUCCCCAACGCGCCCACCUCCUUCCCCUCCACCUCCUCCAACAUGCAGCUCAAAUGUUACUGGACCGAAGAGACGGAGCGAGCACUGAUCACCUUCUACUGCGAACACAGUUGUCUGUGGAACAAGAAGUCUGAAAACCACAACAACCGACAGAUCCGGCUCAGGCUGCUGGAGACUCUGAGAGCGCAGCUGUCCGACCGGUCGGUGUCUUUCGCAGUUGAAGACAUAAAAAACAAGUUCAAGAACCUCCGGACGGUUUUUAACCGGGAGUUCAAGGCGGUCCGCGCCAGCCGGGCUUCUGACAGGCUCUUCGUGUCCAAGUGGAAGCACUACCAGCAGCUGCUCUUCCUCUGCGAGUGCUGCGACGAAGACGAGGGCCCGGACGACCUGCAGGACGACAAGGAGGCGGAGCCGGGGAACCAAACCCCCUCCUCCACGCGGAGCAGCUUCUCCUCCAGCUCCACCCACACCAGCAGCAUCAUGGUCGGUAACGCCUCGGCUCCCACCAGCACCGCUCAGAGCAACUCCAGGACCAACAGCAGCGCCGGAUCCCAAAUCCUCCUCCUGGCGUCUCCAGACAACCUCAGGCCAUCAAACCAAACCGCCGCUCUUCCAACCUCGCCAUCUGCUUCACCGACCGACACCAAACCCUGCGCCAGCUCCCCCCCCCUGAGCUUCAGUGUGUCCGUGCCUGUGGAGUCGGACGGCAGACCCGACCCCCGCUGCCACUGGAGCGAGGCCAAGGUUCAGCAGCUCAUCUCUUUUUACUCCGAGCGCAGCUGUCUGUGGAACCACAGGUCUGAGAGCUACAGGAACCGUCUGCUGAGGCAGAGCCUGCUGGAGACGCUGAGCGGCCUCAUGUCCCACGACGAGUCCGUCCCCUUCACAGUGGACGACAUCAAGGCAAAGUUCAGGAACCUGAGAACCAUCUUCCAGCGAGAACACAGAGCGGUGAGUUCCAACAAGACGUGUGGUUCUGAGGACUUCUACGUUCCCAAGUGGAAACAUUACCGGGAUCUGAUGUUCCUCUGUGACUCCUGCGACGAGGACGAGAAACCUGAGGACGUCCACGUCCCCCAACCGCAGGAGUCCGGCCCCCUCCAGCGGGACAACCAGGCCACGCCCCCCACCCUACUCUACCACGCUGCCAGUCAGACUGAUGCCAAGCUGAACGCCAUGCCGCAAGGCUUCGAAGCCCCGCCCUCCCCAACACCCCCAGACUCCCGGCACUCCUCCCCCUCUUCCUCCCCGCCGCCCUCGACCUCCUCCUCUCACACCAGCAGCCGGGCGUCCGGGCGCAAACGAGCGGCGCCCACCACCGGCAUCCUGCUGGACCUCAUGAGGACGUUCUGUCAGAGUCAAGCGGUCUCGCCACACGCCGGCUUCCUGAAGUACGUGGAGGAGUGUCUGAACGAGACGCCGCCGGACCAAGUGAAGAAACUGAAGAAGAAGAUAAUCGAGACGAUCCACGGGGCGUCAGAGGAGGUGUAG